AUGGCCUCGCAGAAUUAUGCCAGCCCGACCGAAUCCGAGUUCGACGAGGCAGACGGCCCCGAUUCCGUCAAGAACUGGGAUGAAGAUCGAGUAUGCGAAUAUCUACGGAGCGUCAAGUGCGGCGAGUACGAGAAGGUAUUUCGCAGGAAUCACAUCAAUGGCGAGAACCUCUUGGAAAUAGACAAGGAAGUUCUCAAGGAGAUGGGCGUCGACAAGGUUGGAGACCGAGUGCGCCUCUUCUUAGGCAUCAAGAAGCUGCGGACAAAAACCUACGCCAACCAAAAGAGACGCAACAGGGAAUCCUUUGCUGGGCUUGAUAUGCACUAUGUGCCAUCCUCACCUCGGCCUUCGGGUGGCCGCGCGGUGCCUCCGACACCUUCCAACAAGCGAUACUCGCGGCAAUACGAUCUCCCAACCGCUGUUCCCGACCUCUCCAAGCCAUCGUCGAGACCAAGUUCCCCUCUUCCGAGCGCUGAUUUCAGGGCCCGCCAACAACGAUACCCGCAACCUCAAACCUUCGCCGGCCAGCCAACACCCGCAUCCGCGAGGUUUCCCAUGUCCCCGCCCGAUCAGCCCCACUCCGGCCGCUUUCAUCAAAGAAACCAGUCCAGUAUGGAUGGUUCACUGAUGGCUGCGUUGCCUCCGGGCCAAGAUGUUAUCCGCGUGAUUUCGACGGGCGGCGGAACCAAGGUUGUCAAAAUUGCCGGCUGCAACACAUGUGAGGAGGUCAUGCGCGUUACCCUACGGAAGUUCGCACUGCGGGAAGACCAUGAGAGAAACUACUGCUUCUGGGUUCUCAACGGCGUGGAAGCGGACCCCAACCAAUGCCGUCGGCUCGGCGACACAGAGCUGUGGAGAGUCAUCAAAGACCACACGCGGCCGGAGCGGAACCGCCUAAUCCUGAGGCGGGUGCCUGCCGGGGAACCUGGGCAGCAAGAACUCGAGAGAGCUGCUGCCAUCGCUAUGGAAGAAGCCCAGCAGAAUCACAACCGCGUCAUUGAAGGCAUGGAGAAGCGCAGUCAGAUGAAGGCGCAGAAGCUCCUGGGCGAGUCCUGGGAGACCAUACAGCAGCCCCCUCUUUCACCUGUUUCAUACCAAGACCGAGAAAGAAACGUGUCAAACACGGCAAGGGACCUGGAGCGACCGGCAGUCAUUGAGACAGCCCAGGCCGUACCGCGUCGCAAAGGCAUGCUGCGCCAGUUUGGCGGGCUCAGGCCGCCGAGCGAGCUUAUUGCCUCGGACUUGACCAGCUAUUUCCCGGAUCACUCUCGAGAGGCCAUUGACAGGACAGCCCGCAUGUCCAUGAGGCGGUCGCAGCGCCUCAGCAGGGUGAAUCACCGUCUAAGCGUGGCGAGCACCAUGAGCUUCGCCUCCACCAUCCAGGAUGCGCCGCCGAUCCCGACUAUUGCCGAUAGCUGGCUGACGGCUUCCAACCAAAUCGCCAAGGUCCGCGCCCGGGACCCGCGCUUCCAGGGUUACCGAGACUCGGUCGCCUCCUCCGUGCUCGACACCUUGCAAGAGGAGUCGUCGCCUAUCGAGCCGAAUCGGAAGUCCUACGUCUCCUUCGCCGACAGCGGCUCGGAUACGGCCGCCCUGAGCAUCACCGAUCCCGAUGGCAACGUUCGACACAGCUACUUCGACGAGGGUACCAUCGGCUCUGGUGGUUCCGGGUCGCUAGAGAAUGUCAACCAGGCCCUGACGGAAGACGGAGAGGACGCCGACGAAGAGCUUCAGAGCUUCUUGGCCGGCGAGUCUUGGGACGACAGCAAGUGGAUGAAGGGCUCCCUGAUCGGUCAAGGUUCUUUCGGCAGCGUCUACCUUGCCCUCCACGCCGUCACCGGCGAGCUCCUCGCUGUCAAGCAGGUCGAGACACCGUCGCCAGGCGCUAACAGCCAGAGCGACUCGCGGAAGAAGAGCAUGAUCGACGCGUUGAAGCGCGAAAUCAGCCUCCUCCGAGAUCUCCGCCACCCCAACAUCGUGCAGUACCUCGGCUGCGGCUCAUCGGUCGAAUACCUCAACAUUUUCCUCGAGUAUGUUGCCGGUGGUUCAGUACAGACCAUGCUCAACUCGUACGGUGCCCUCCCGGAGCCCCUCAUCCGCAGCUUCGUCCGCCAAAUUCUCAAUGGCCUCUCAUACCUCCACAACCGCGACAUUAUACACCGCGACAUCAAAGGUGCCAACAUUCUUGUCGACAACAAGGGCACCAUCAAGAUUUCCGAUUUCGGCAUCUCCAAGAAGCUCGAGGCGACCAACAUCCUCAACGGCGCUAACAACAACAAGCACCGCCCCUCGCUGCAGGGCUCCGUCUUCUGGAUGGCGCCCGAGGUGGUCAAGCAGACGUCGUACACCCGCAAGGCGGACAUCUGGUCCCUAGGCUGCCUAGUCGUCGAGAUGAUGACGGGUCAACACCCGUUCCCGGACUGCACGCAGCUGCAGGCCAUCUUCAAGAUCGGUGGCGCCAAAGCCACGCCGACCAUCCCGGACAACGCGAGCAAGGAGGCCCGGCAGUUCCUCGCCCAGACGUUCGAGAUUGAUCACAACAAGCGGCCGAGCGCGGAUGACCUCAUGCUGAGCCCCUUUUUGACGCCGCCGGCGUAA